AUGCCUCAGGAUCCAAAUCUGUACGGCCAGCGUGCCCCCAAGCGCCAGAAGAAGGAGACGCUGCUUCCCUCCUCCCUCGCCUUCAAAUCCGAGCUGGCCUCCCUCAUCAACACCUCCAAGACGCCGCUAUCCUCCUCCGCCUCCGCCUCUACCACACAAGCACGGCCACGCCCGUCCAAGGCAAAGACUGACAUCUUCGCCGGCGUCAAGGCAAAACGAAAAUCCGAAAAGGCAGACCGGGACCGGGACAAGGGCAGGCUGGUGCUGAAGGAGGUCGCUGGGACAGAAGACGAGAAGAAUGAACUCCUCUCGGCCCGGCGCAGGAUGGAGGAGAAGGCCAGGCUCUAUGCCGCCAUGAAGCGCGGCGACUAUGUGCCCAAGGAAGGCGAGGCCGCUCCGCUCGUCGACUUUGACCGCAAAUGGGCAGAGGCCCAGCAGGACGACGCCAGCAGCAGGGCACCGCCGUCGUCCUCGGGCGAAGACGAUGACGACGACUACUCUGACAACAACGACACGGAGAUCAUCACAUACACAGACGAGUUCGGCCGCACGCGCACCGGCACGCGCGCCGAGAAGCUCCGGCUGGAGCGCCGCCUCCGCGCCCGCGAGCACACCACCAUCGAGCUCGAGCGCAUGUCCGCGCGGCCCAAGGCGCCGGCCAACGUCAUCUACGGCGACGCGAUCCAGUCCGAGGCCUUUGUGGCCCGCGACGAGGCCGAGAUGGAGGCCCUCGCCCGCAAACGUGACAGGAGCCUGACCCCGCCUGAGAUGAAGCAUUACGACGCCGCGGCCGAGAUCAGGACCAAGGGCGUCGGGUUCUUCCAGUUCAGCAAGGACGAGGAGACGCGCACCAAAGAGAUGGAGGGGCUGGCUAAGGAGAGGGAGACUACGGAGCGGGAGAGGGAGAGGCGGGAGGAGGAGAGGGACUCGAGGCGCAAGGAGAUUGAGGAGCGGAGGAGGGUCAUCGAGGAGAGGAGAAAGGAGAAGGGGGAGAAGAGGGCGCAGAAGCUGGCAGAUAGUUUUCUAGACGGGCUAGCCGGCGAGUGGGGACGUGAUCAACAAGAGUGA